AUGAUGGAUUCAAGCAGUGGCAACUUCGAAUAUGUUCUCCAAUUAACCAAGGUACUGAGUUUGGAAAGCAGGGCUAACCGACAGGAAAGCGAUAAGAUCGAAAGCAUUCUUCGAAGGCUGGCAAAACAGUCAGGUGUAUCGUAUGAUCAACUAUCAGAUGGAGUGAGCUCGAGCACUCAAGAGGCUUAUGAUAGCAUGUCUGCCCCGGAUUUGGCUGAAAGGCUCAUACUGGAAAAUUAUGAGCUGAUAUAUAGGAUUGAAAUGCAAGAGUAUGUGAAUAAUAAGAUAUGGGCACUCAUUAAUGAGAUUAUAGAACAUCUGACCUCGAUACGUGGGUUCAUCAUUGAAGGAAAAUUGACAGGCCUCCAGAAUGUAGACUUUUACGUGCAAGAUAAAUUUGAUUCCAAGAUUCAUCGCCUAGAAGAGAGCAGUAAAUCAUUGCAAGGUGCCAAAGAGUCCACGCAGGACAAACUCUGUUCGGUUUACGGCGAUCUACGACAAGUGCUAAACCAAAUUAAUUGGGAGGCACUACCGAAGGGAUCAAGGGAAUACAAACGAAUCUUUGAAGUGCUCUCAUAUCUUAGAAACUCGUACGGCGUUGACUUGCUACCUUUGAAAUGA